UUUAUAAUUCCGUUGAAAAAAAAUGGUCAUUCAUGUCAAUUAGAAUUUUAUGCGAGAAAAAUAAAGUCGCACACAAAACGUACAGACUCUGAUAGACUUGAUUAUUCAAUACCAUUUUUAUACAAAAGUUUUUAGUUAAAAUUCAAGAACAAAAAGAGAAAACAAACCCAAUUAAACGCAAAAAUCAUUUGCACCGUUGAAUUCGUCAAUUAUUUUGUUUUCGUGUUGAAUGCGUGUUCGUUAAAAUCGAAUUUGUUCACGUCAAGUGCUUAAUUCUAAAGAAAAUUAAUUUGUAUCGACAACUGGUCGGAUGGUCGUCAAGGUGUCGUAAAGUAUAUAUUUGUGUGAGAGGGUUGGAGUUAUCAGAAAAGCAGGAAUUUACACAUCAAUCAACCAUAAAAUCAUAUCGAUUUGAAAUAAGAUUUUUUUAAAAAUGAACUAAAAUGCCAAAGAAGUAGAUAUUUGAAAAAAAUCAAGCUACGAUUCGUUGUCAAUUAUUCAAAUUCAAUUAGAAAACUAAGAGAAACUUCUAUGCCAAAAAAGCGAACAAAACAACGCAAACCAGUUUAAUUCAAUUUCAAUUCAGAUGACAUCAAUUUCGAAACGAAAAGAGCUUUGAAACUUCCUCAAUAUUUCAAUUAUUUUUCUCAUUUUUUAUCGUACACAAAGAUCCACCUUUAACUUACCUUAUUCUAUGCGUAAAUCUAUCAUCCUUUGACGGAAACACAAAAGAAAGUAACAAAAACGUAUCAAAAAUUAAACAAACAAAAAAAAAACUCAACAAAUAAACGGUGAACAUAUCUAUCUACAACGGUUGAAUAUAUCAUUUAAUUCACUCUAUUUCGAUUUUUCGAUCUCAAAAUAAUAAUAAAUGCGCUGAAGCAAAUGUGUUUCCGAAAUCAAAUCCACUGAAACUGAAAUCACCCACAAGAGACCAAAAAACCUCUCUACUUCAAUCAUAGAAUCUUUUUUGUUCGUUCUCUUGAGAAAACUUCCUCACGCUGAAAUAAAAAAAGAAACAACAACAACACAGAAACAAAACAAACGCCGAACAAUCAAUCAACGAACAGAGAAGAUAAAAACAAAAUGUCAUCGUCACGUGAUUGUUCACCAAAACAAGGCUCAUUUAGCGAAUCGCCGAGUCAUCUAACGCGCAAAAAGUAUACAAUUAGUAAAAUAAUGAGUGGAGGUUCGGCAGCCAGUAGUAAUAUAAGUGGUGGCAGUGGAACAGCCAUCAAUACAUUCUUUCCCGAAGAAUCAUCAUUCGAUUCGGCGAACGAUGAUGGUAUAUUGGCACAACAACAACAUUCCACCACCACGUCAUCCGGCAGCCCAACGGCUCUAUCCAUUUUUAGCAGUAUAACAUCGUCAUCAUCUUCAAAAGGUGCAAAUGCAAUGCCACCAGCGGGCUCAGGAGUUGGGAGACAACGUUCAUUGCGCGAUCGUCUCAAAGAAGGCAUCACCGGCAGUUUUACAUGGCAGAGUAAAUCACGGAGCGUAGAUCAUGGAUUGGCGGCACCGUUUGCCAAUUUGGAUUCAUUGCGGUCAACAGUUGAAGGUCGUUUUGAUAGCGUUGAACGUUUAUCGAAAGAAAAACUAAAAGGAUCUUUACCAUCGAUUCCAACAACAACAUACACGGUUGGAAAUCGUGAUACAUUGACAUCAGUUGCUGCCCGUUUCGAUACUACGCCCGGUGAAUUGACGAGCCUUAACAAAUUGAACAGUUCAUUCAUUUAUCCAGGUCAAUCAUUGCUUGUUCCUGAUAAAACGGCAUCCAGUGCCGAAAAUAUCAGCGAUGUCAGCAGCGAGGCGACCGCUCAGAGUAGUCCUACUGAAAAAACACGCAAAUUAUCGACCGAAGAAGUUCAAAAAGAGGAAAAAGAACGAGAACUUUUGGAUGGACUUCGUCCUGGCUCACCAAAACCCGGCCACAUUAAGCGCAUCGAAUCGCCAGCCAUAAAAAAUCAAAAUGAAGAUGAUCCCGUUGUUACGCAACGUUUUCUCAAAAUCAAUGUCCGUCACAUAACCGAUGGCCAAGGUGUUGUUGGUGGUGUAUUGCUUGUCACCCCAAAUGCUGUUAUGUUCGAUCCAAAUGUGUCUGAUCCAUUGGUCAUUGAACAUGGUCCCGAAAGUUAUGGUGUUAUCGCUCCAAUGGAAUUGGUUGUAAAUGCUGCCAUUUUUCAUGAUAUCGCUCAUAUGCGUGUUGCGGGUGGUGAAUCAAACUCAUCCGAGAAGGUUGAAAUUUACUACCCAAAACCGCCGUGCACAAGCAGCGAUGCAUCUCAUUCACCCGGCAAAGAUUCCUUAUUAGUAAAAGAUGAAACGUUUCCAGAACUUGGAGUUGGAUCCGUGGAAGGUUGUGAUGAUCAAGAAAGUGUAUGUUCGAGCAAUGAACGCGAGGGUGAUGCAUUUCCAAAAGCAUUUGAUCGUGAAUUAGUAACGCCGACCAAUUUGCUAAAAACCCAAACCGAAUCAAUUGACAGCAAAGCAAAUGAUAACGAAACCAAAGAAUCGAAUACACCAAACACAGAUACAAAAGUCAAUUCAAAUGCAAAGACCAAUGAAAACGAAAAUAAUUCGAAUUCAGAUUUAGGCAAAGAAUUCAAAGAGUUGCGAACACUCGAAGAGCGCCGUCGCAGUUUACUUGAUCAUCAUUGGGCAGUUCCAAGCAAAGAAAGUCGAUCAGUGGAAGAUGAUAGCAUUGCUGAAGCGGCCGAGGCAUCAUUUCCAUCAAUUCCACCAAAUCUACCCGAAAAUGCGGAGCUGAUAAAAAAAGUUGCUGCUAGUAUUGCAUCGAUCAGUAUUGAACAAAGUGAACAGGAUUCACAGUUGAUGAAACAAAGCUGCCAUGAUUCUGGUAUCGAUAUUCGCGAUCCGAAUCUUCCUGUAGUUUUGAAUACGAAAAAGAUUUACAGCGAUGCUGAUAUUGUUCUUUCAUCAGAUUGGGUGCCACCGGUAACAAUUGCGCCAACCGAUUAUAUCGAUACACCAUCGUCACGAUCAUCGUUUGACACGAGAUUUAACGCUGGCGGUACAUCGUUGGCUGAACCACAAGUCGUCGGACGCAAGAAAACCUCGAGCGUUAGUUUCAGUGUUGACGAUAACAGUGACAAUCAACAAUUGAAUAGCACAAGCAGUGAUAAGACCAGUGAUAACAAAAAGAAUAAGAUGUUGAAGCGUCUCUCAUAUCCGCUGACUGGCCUGAUUGAGGGGCUGACGGGUGACGAUAAACCAAGAGGCAGCGACAGCGGUGAAUCGGCGCCAAAUACUGGCGACUCAAACCAAAGCGUUUUCUCGAAAGUAUUCUCCAGCUCGCCGAUAACACUUGUUUCUGAGCUCGGCGGCAAUCUAUUCUUAUCGAAAACACCAUCUGAAGAAUCUGGCGGAUCGCCAGUACCGCCCUUAACGCCAAACACUACUACUUCUCAAGAUGGUGGUAGUGCAAACAAUGCUUCAGCUCAAGCAGCGGCCGGACGAUCAUCCAUUGGAACAUUCAUUCGACCAAAUUCAUCGGACGGAUCGCAAACAAAACCAGUCAAAGCACCACCACCCAAACUUGACUACCGAUCAAUGGUAUCGAUUGAUGACAUGCCCGAAUUGUUUGUCAGUUUUGAUAAAUUGAUUCCACGGCCGGCACGUGCAUGUGCAGAUCCACCAUUGUAUUUACGAUUACGAAUGGGCAAACCAGUUGGUAAAACGAUGCCAUUGCCCAGUAAUGUUGUGAUGUCCUAUGGAAAAAAUAAAUUGCGGCCCGAAUUCUGGUUCAGCAUACCAAAAAAUCGUAUCGACGAAUUGUAUCGAUUCUUAAACACUUGGGUGCCACAUUUGUAUGGUGAAUUAGACGAAGAUGAAAUCGGAAAACGUGGUUAUGAGCUGAUUCAACAUGAUACCGACUGGGUAAAAAGUGGACAAAACAAGGACGGCCAAGCGUUUAUCGACGGCGAAGAUAUCUCAGAAUUGACGCGUGAAUCAUGGGAGCUGCUUAAGGCGCCUUUCGUUAAGACCUACCAAAAAACAUGCCAUACGUACCAAUUUAUUAAAAGCCAAACAGGAUCGAACGAUUUGGAAGGUUGUGAGGUUUUGUCUAUGAGCACAGAUGAUUACCGCAAAGCAUCUUUGUUCGCAACUGGGUCAUUCGACCAAGAUUUCCCAUUACCAGAUCUUAUUGGCACAACGGAGAUUUUGACUGAAGAGCACAGAGAAAAGCUAUGUGGACAUUUACCAGCACGAGCAGAAGGCUAUUCGUGGUCGCUGGUGUUCAGCACUUCACAGAAUGGAUUUUCACUUAACUCUCUCUAUAGAAAAUUGGCAAGAAUAGAAAGUCCGAUUUUAAUAGUUAUUCAGGAUACAGAAAAUAAUGUAUUUGGUGCUUUGACAUCGUGUUCGCUCCAUGUUUCCGAAUUAUUUUAUGGAACUGGUGAAUCGCUGUUGUUUAAAUUUAAUCCAAGUUUUAAAGUCUUUCAUUGGACUGGCGAAAAUUUGUACUUUAUCAAGGGUAAUCCAGAAAGUUUGUCCAUCGGAGCUGGCGAUGGCAAAUUCGGUUUAUGGUUGGAUGGUGAUUUAAAUCUAGGACGAUCACAGCGAUGCAGCACAUAUGCCAAUGAACCACUAGCACCGCAGGAAGACUUUGUUGUAAAAACACUUGAAUGCUGGGCAUUUGUUUAAAAACACUGUUUGAAUGGAAUGUUGAACUUGAAGACGAGAGAGAGAGAAAAAGAGAAAACAAAAAGCAAACAAAAUAUCAUUCUCCGCUUCUCGAUCGCUUAUUCGAUAUCAUUGUUUCUUCAGCAGGCGACAGAAGUUUUCAUUUGCAUUCGUUAUGCUUCGUAGAUGACAUACAAUUCAGUUUGGAUUUUUUUUAAAUUUAAACUGGAUGAACUUAUAAUUGUAACAUACAACAUUUGUUUAAGUAGUUUUUGUGUGUAUAUGUGCUCGCCACGCAAUAGAAAAAAAAUCAUAAACACAGCUAUAACCAACAAAUUAAGUAUAAAAAUCAAAAUGUGUGGCAGCUAAACAGCAACAAUACAACAACCAAUCAAUCUUCGAAAUGAAAACAUCAGAGAAUAAAAAAAUAACGAACAAAUUGUUCAGACAAUUCGCAAUGAAUCGCUUCAGCAGCAGCAAAGUGGUUUGAAUCAGAACCGAAUUGCAAAGAAAACAUAAUAUCGAAUCGUUGUUGGAACAGCAAAUUGUUUGCAACCCAUAAAUUCACUUAUUUACGUAUUGUUGAAACAAAAUAAAUUAAUUAACGCCUGAAUGAAGUAAUAAAAAAAAUGUGUGUUUUUUGUUCGUUAUUUAUUUAUACAUAUUAUAUACAUCUAUAUUUAAAAUGAAAACCAUAUUGUAUCUCUAGUGAAUAUUAUUAAAAGAAAUAAACAACAACAACAAAAAAAUACAAAAACCAAUUAUACAUUGUACGUGAGAUAAACCAUAAGAAGUGACAUUAAUGAUGAUCAUAGAUGAAGAGGCCGUGGCCAGCGUCAAUAUGCAAAUGUAAAGGCGAGAGUAUAGGGAAAAGACACGGCCGGCCAAAAUGAAAUAAUAAUGUUAUGGAUUUUUGGGAUUAUUUUUUUACGAGAGAAUGGUAUUUAUAUCUGAAUAAAGAAUGGAUGCUAGUGCCGAAUUCAUUGAUGUAAAAGACAAAUUAGCAAAAUGAUGAUUUGCACGAGAAGAACAUUUGUGGUAUUGUAAAAAUAUUAAUACAAAAAUCGACCAUAGAUUUUCAUUAUCUAAACUAUUAUAUACAUAUAUAUCAUGAGAAGAGCAUAAUUGCCAUUUGUGCAAAUGAUUUAGAAAACAAUUUGAAUAUAUUGCCAUUUAAAUGGAAAAUUUGAACUAAAACAAAAUAAUAACAAAUUAAAUAAAAUUCAAUGCACAUUGCAAAUGUAGGGCAGAAUUUGUGUCUGUACGCAUGAAAAUUCAAUGAAAACAAUUUUUAAUUUCUAUACAUUAUACAUAUAGUUUUAUGCUGUACUAAAUUUAAGUAUAAUUUAAUAAUUUCAAAGUAUGGAUUAGUGAUGAUUCUAUAAAUAUAUACAUAUAUACAAAAUACAGUGAAAUGAAAAUGAAACACAGAAAAUACAACAUUUAAAUAACAAAAAUAUUGAUAUCCUAAUAAAACAAAAAUAACAACAAAGAUUGUACACAACCUAAGUAACAAAUGAAACCAGUUUUAAAACAAAAUGAUGAUUAAAAAGCAUGUUGUGAAUGAAAAAUAAAUAGAAACAAAAAAUACGUUGCAUAAUAUUUUACAUAAAACUAAACCAAAAAGCAAAACACAAAACAAAUCAAUUCCAAUUCCAUGUCUUGAUGACUUUGUCUUCAAGCUCAUUCAAUUCAAGCAUCUUAUGGCGUCGUUGAGUUUAUUUUUUUUGGUGGGAGUAUACUUUACUUGUUGAACAAUCUGUGGUUUCUUUAUUUAUUGUGUUUUUCAUUUACUUUCUUGCCGAUAUAUAAGCGGGACUCUCUCUCAUUCAACACCGAUUUUUUUGACGAUUUUUUUUAUUUGUCUCUUUGAAUGCCGAAUAAUCUUUUUUGUGCGCUAUGAAUAAAGUAAAAUAUAAGUUUCGCUUUGUUUUUUCUUCUGUUCCUUUUUUUGGGGUGAGUAUUUUCUUUUGAUGCAAGGCAAUCAACAAAAGUGACAUAAAUCAAAUGAGCCGCACAAUUUACUUGAAUGUUCGUAAAUCUUAUUUUCAAUGGCUUUUGGUUAAUGGGAUCGACCGAGGAACAAAUACACAUAAACAUACACACAGAGAGAUACAGUUAAAAUAACUGAAAAUAAAUGAGGUAUAUUUUUAAAUAUAUUUUUUUAACAAACAGAAAAAAAGCCAAAGAAAAAUCAUCAGCUCUAUCUCUAUCUCUCUCUUUUUCUCUUUCACAAAAUUUGACAUCCGAAUAAAAUGAAUUAAAACGAAAAUCACAGGGAUUCGUAACAUUAUGAACUAAAAUAUUUCCAUAGAAACGCGUUCUCGAAAUUGCGUUGAAAAGCAACACACAAAGCUAAAAAAAAAAAAACAAAUCAAAAUCACAUCAUCCCAUUCGAUUUUUCAAAACUAACAAUCAAAUCGGAGAAAACGAUUCUUUUAUCACAAAAAAGGGGAUUUUUUCCCAAAUCCAAUUUUAAACGUAUAAAAACCACUUUCAUUUCAUGAUAAAACAAUCGCGAAUAAUUUUGUAGAUCCACUAUUCACCUUUGACCAAAAAUCACGUCACACAUUCUGAGAUACCUUUCUUUUUCUUUUCAUUUUUUUACAUGAAAAAAACCGAGUAAAACCAAGGAUAUCACUGAGUUUUUUAUAGUUAAGCAACUGGGAGAUAUUUUUUAUUCCAAAAGUAAAAAGAGUACACGUUUUUUUUAAACGAACAAAAACAAAUAUUGUUCGAGCAAUAAACAAAAAAAAAAAAUAAACUGAAUAAUUAAAGACAUAUUAUGAAUAUGUGUACAAUAAAUACUAAGUGUACAAUAAUAAAUGUUAAUAAAAACGAUUUAAAUGAAAUGCUUAGUGUAAAAUUAAUAAUAUUGUAUAGAGUUAGUUUCAUUAUAUUCAGACAAAGCAAGCUAUUUAAAAAAGAGUGUUUCUUAAUCAGAGAGAUAGACAACAAUUCAAUUACUAGCUAGUAGGAUUUCUUUUUUUUUUACAAAAUAUAUCGGAGACUGUUUUAUUUUGUUUAAAGCUCACAGCAUAUCGCUGCUGAUACUUGAUAGCAUAGCAGUGAGUAUAACAUCAUUUUUUACGUUUGCUCCGAUCCAAGCUGUAUCGUGGCAUUGGCAGAAUAUUAGUCUAAGUGAACAUCUUUUAAAUAAACAUGCAAAUAUUUUCUGAAUAAAAAAACUUUGAGAAACAAAACUCAUUGAUUCGAAGCCGGACUAAUAUUAGCCAUUAUAUGAAACUAGAACAUUUGUAGGUGUUCUAAAAGACACAUACCCAAAUUAUUUUAGAGCUUUAGUCAAUUAACUAGAAUAGACUGGAUUUUUUUUUAAAUGACAUAUCCCGCGUUUGUAGCUGAACACUCAUUAACUUCCCCAAUCUACAUGAUAUGAGGAUAAGAAUAAAAAUGAAACCACUUUUUUUGUAAAUAAAAAGCCUUUGAAAUCCCAACCAAGUUUGGCGAUAAGACAUGGAUUUAGCUUGAAUUAGUCGUGUUUAACGGCAAAAAUUGUUUUUUAGACAAAAUUAUGACAAUUGAGUGUUCGUAACAUAAAAAGAAAAAGAUUUUACUAAAAUCACACAAAAACAAAGAAAACUAACGAAUAACACACACCUACCAUUUGAGUGUAGCAUUUAUCAACAACAGCAUAAAUUUUUAGCGUAGCCAUGUGUUUUGCCUGUAAAACUAUCAAAUUGAGAACUGUUGUAUAAUUAAAUAAUCGAUCGCUUCAUUUUUGCUAAGAGUAAACAGAAACUUGGAAAUCUAAUUGUAUUUCAUUUUCGGUAUUUCCUAGUGGAUUGCACUUCCCCAACGACAAUUGAUCGAAUAAAAUCACAUAAACGAACAAUUAAUAGUAACAUAAUGUAUUACAAUGGAAGCGAAACAAAAACGCGUAUUUGCACAUUAGUAUAUCUGUUGCGAUUGAUUCAAAUUGAAUAAAUAAAAAUUUUAUUGGUGUUUUUUAGUGUGUGCAUUAUACAACGAAUAGUAGUACUAUUCAGUACAACAUUAAAUUGGCUAGAGUGUUUAUUGUUAUGAAACUAGAAGAAAAAAAAAACUACCAAGAAAAAUAAAAUUUGAACACAAUGUUAAUCCAAAAGCAUAGAUUCCAAGCACCGUUUCGUUUAACCAUAUAUAACAUCACAAUACAAUUUGUUAUUCAUUCAAGUUUAGAAAAAAAAAUAGAUUUACCAUCAAUGACAGGAAUUCUUUCAGUUACAAGAAGACAAACAAAAGGACAUUGUUGAUUCUAGGCUGCUGCUGAAGAAAACUCAGUUCCUUUCACAUUGUUCGUUAGAAUAUUUAAUCAUCGCUUUCCGAAAGCAUACAUCUUAGUGUAUAGCGUUCAAUUGCUGUGUUUAAUGAAGGGCCCAGAUUCAGAUCUACACACAAAAAAAUGAUUCGUGCACGAAAUUCGACACAUUGGCGAAUGCGAAGCGAUUUGUCAUUGCUUUGCAUUUGUCAUUGUGCAUCUUUCGGAUACACGAAACAAUUCAUUGCAAGUGCAAAUUUAAGUGCUAAAUAACUAGAGAAUUUCAACAUAAAUUAAGGCCAUAUUAUUGCAGAAUAGACAGUAAAGUAAAUAUGAAAA